CGACAAUCCACUCACAUUCCCUUGCGUGCAUUCUAGAAGUCCUGGCUGGCAACACCUUCCGGUUCCUAAUUUAACACAACCUCCUUCAUUCAGGUCCCAACUAGUGGCUUGCGUCUUGCGAUCCGGCCCUAAGCUUCUGGAACUGCAACCCGAGUCUUAUCGCCCGUCCGCAUCAGAGCUAAUUUUCGAUCCCCACCAUUUUCCGAGGAUUCACGCCCCUCGAUUCGACUCUUUUUCAUCCUUCCUAGGGUCCCCUCCAGCUAAUCCCUUCCACAAUCCUGCGCUUUCAGUAAUCCCUGUCUGCCUGGAACUUUUUGACUUUUUACGCACACUCUCUCAAUACAUUUUUUCCUACUUUCGCAUUUGCUAAUUUUCUUCCGAUUUACCCUUCGGACUUCUAAGGAUACCCCUACCGGCUUUGCGACCUCGUGAAAAUCGACAGAUCAUGUCCGACUAUACCGCUGAUAAGUCUGCUACGGACCAGCCCAUAAAUGGGUUCAAGCCGUUAUCAAAUGUGGAAGGUUUCUCCUUGCCUGCGACAGGGGAUGACCUCUCACGUCUGAGCGCUCGUGGAGAAUUUUCAAUGGCCAACGGGAUUUCCAUGGAGGAUAUGGAUGAUGAUGACGAAGAAGAGGUCGAAGAUGACUACGUUGCCGUUGACCAUGACGAUAUCAACGAAUAUCCUUAUUGGUUCCGCCGCCCACCUGUGCAUCAACGCACGAAGCUGGACGAGUUGCACCCUUUUGUACAGGUUUUGACCGUGUCGAACGUGGACGACUGUGUCAAUGUGGAGAACGCGUUUCCCGAACAGGAGCGUUGUACCCGAGAGAAGUUUGUAUAUCGCCUGAACCGAUGCCCCGAACUUUGUUUAGGCCUCUUCACGCUCCCUAUUCUAGGAGAGGACCAGCCAAAGCCUCGCCCGACGUUGGUUGGACACAUCGUCGCAACUCGUACCUCGACUCCGUUUGUGACCGAUAAAUCUAUGCAGCUCCCCGCGAACUGGGAAACCGAGCGCAUGACUGUGGAAAACGGAGAGACUGUUGGCCAUGAUGAAUACGGCGGCACGAUUGCUAUCCACUCUCUGGCUGUCUCGCCGGAACACCAGGGCAAGCAGGUAGCCAGCACGUUGAUGAAGUCGUACAUCCAAAGGAUUAGGGAAGCCCAGAUUGCCGAACGCCUUUCUCUCAUCGCCCACGAUCAUCUGGUGCCAUUUUAUGAAUCGUUUGGAUUCGAAAACCGUGGUCCCAGCAAGUGUAAGUUUGGCAGCGGCGGUUGGACAAAUCUGGUGUUGGAUUUCAUCGCAGAGUGAAAUUCUAUAGAAUGUUCUUAACGGCUGCGAAGAAAUCUGCGCCUUUUCCUCUUACCUCGCGUAUCUUCCUUUCUAUGACUUCUUUUCUUUCCUUUUCAUUAUUCUUUCUUAUUUUCCCCUUUUGUCAUUUCCUCACAAUUCCCACGCGACAUUUGACGCAUGUUAUGUUGAAACACUGGGUUUGGUCUUUACAUGGUGGGUUCAAGAGAAAAGCAACGGAGUUUGUCUGGGCUACGAUGGUUCUGGGACAGAUACCCCAUGCUGAUGAUGACCAUGAAUAGGCGGUUAGUUUCAGGUCAGGGCAGGAAUAUUUGUGUAUCAUAGUCCCGCGGUAGUUCAAUGUACAUGAUCAUGAUAGAGAGCAGAUCAGAUCAAAUGAGGAGUCAAGUAAGAUAAUCUAGAAUGAGUAAUAGGC